CAGCCGCCACGUGUACUAUAUCAUCAAAUCUAUCAGCUAUUAAUACGCAGCACCACGCUACAGUGCUCCAUUCUUUGCGUCACUUCUUCCGUCAGUCUCAGACAGUUACCAAAUCAAAUCUCUCUCCCAAAACCCUAGCUCCCCAAAAUCCACAACCAGAUCUAAACCUUUCCCGCCCGCCAUUACCGCUCCUUACCUUCUCCCAUGAAUAGCCGCGGCGGAGCAGGAAGAGGCGGCGGAGGAGGCAGGGGUCGAUUCCGUGGAUCGUCUCGAUUUGACGGCGGUGGCGGCGGCGGAGGAAGGCAAGGGAGCCAUCCGCCGUCGAGACACCUUUGGGUUGGGAAUCUAUCUCACAACAUAGAGGAGUACGACUUGACGCGGCACUUUCUGGAGUUCGGCGAUCUCGACAAAGUGUCGUUCCAUCCUGGCCGGAGCUACGCCUUCAUCAACUUCAGGAACGACGAGGACGCGAUCGCUGCGUACAAAGUUCUCCAGGGGUUCCCCGUCGACGGGCUCCCUCUUAGGAUUGAGUUUGCCAAGGCGGACAAGCCAUCGUCAUCAUCACGUGAUGAAGACCACGAGCAACUAAGUCCCAGUGAAGUCCUAUGGAUAAGCUUCCCCGCUGUGCUCAAAGUCGACGAAGCAAUCCUGAGAAAGGCCUUCUCCCAGUUUGGUGAGAUAGAGAGGAUCACAGUAAUCCCAGGUCGUAGCUAUGCAUUCGUACAGUUUAGAGCCUUGUCAUCAGCUUGCAGGGCUAAAGAGACUCUCCAGGGGAAGCUGUUUGGUAACCCACGCGUUCAUAUCAGUUAUGCCAGGAAUGAAGGGCGGCCGAGAUCCCCUCGCCUAGUUGGAGAUUCUUCUGAUGGUGGUGGCGGGAGGUAUGAUUUUGUUGGUGGAGGAAAGAGUAGUCAGUUUGACAGCUGGCGGUUCGAAGAGGAGCUAGGACCCCCACCAAAUGUGUAUGAAAGGCGUGGUGGGGCCCUUAGGGGAGUUGGUCGAAAGAGUUCAUUGUUAUACGAAGAGGAACAGUGGGAUUUGCCUGCCGAAGAAGAUUCUUUGUAUCCCAGUAACAAGAAGCUGAAGACAGGAUCUUUCGAACAUGAGCUUCCUGACCACCAUCCUUACUCUGACCAAGAAAGUCGACGUGCACCUCAAGGGGGAUUUGCCGAUUUUCCCUACCAGCCAGAAGGUCGUGGGAGGAAUGUGGAUCGCUGGAAGGGAUCUUAUGAGGAUAUUCAGCAGAGCCCGGCAGGAGAACCUUUGUUGCAUGUUCCUGUAGAGAGGAAAAGGUUUGGUGGUUCAUCUGAACCUGUAGUACCAAAGCCUUCAUUGAAGUUGUGGCAAUGGGAAGGGGCGAUAGCAAAGGGAGGGAGUCUGGUUUGUCAAGCUCGUGCUUUUCCCGUGGGGAAAUCUAUGGAGAUCAUGUUGCCAGGAUACUUGGACUGCACGGCGAGAACAAGCCUCGACAUGCUUUCAAAACACUACGACCAGGCAGCUUCAGCUUGGGUCAUCUUCUUCGUCCCAGCAAGCGAUGCUGACAUGGGACACUACAACGAGUUCAUGCACUACCUCGGCGAAAAGCAACGAGCAGCAGUCGCGAAACUUGAUGAAAGAACCACUUUGUUCCUUGUGCCACCAUCCGAGUUCUCAGAGAAAGUGCUGAAAGUUCCAGGAGACAUGAGCAUUUCUGGCGUCGUCCUAAGAUUGGAGCCUCAGGUUUCGAACUCGGUGGUGCGCCCACCUCAUGAACCGAACUUGCACUUCCAAGGGGAUGCUCAUAUGCCUUACAAAGCAGCACCUCUUCCCCAGCAGGAUUCUUUAGUAAUGCCGCCAGCUGGAUUCUCGGGUUCUGUUCAUCCAUCUCAUGGGGGGAGUAUGUCGAAUGCAUACGCUGAUCAUAGGAAUGAAUAUCUUCCUCCUCCCCAGCCACGUAAUAGAAUUGACAUGUCGCCGCAGCAGGCAUCUGGUGCUGGAAAUGAUCUGGUGUAUCAUCAUGAUCCUCACCACCAAGGAGCAUUGACUGGAAAUAGCUCUGGCCAUUAUGCAGGUGGAAGAUCAAACAACAUGUCCAUUCAGCAGCAGCCAACACCACAUUCAGUUCCUUCAUCCCUCGGUGCUGCAGGCCUCCAGCCACAGCAGUUGGCGCAGUUAGUAUCUUCACUUCUCGGACAGCAGGGCCAGCUGGGAGGGAACAAUCCGGACCCAUCAAUUGCCGAUGAUCCAAGGAAGGGUAGCUCGUUGGCGGCACAAACACAUGACUUGCACAACAAUAACCAGCAGAAUUAUGAGCCAUCUUCUCAGUAUGGUCAACUUCAGCAUCUGCAGCAGCAAACUGCGAAUGUGCUGACAGCAAUGAAUAGAGACAUGCAGUCGACGGCAGUGGGGCAGAUGAAUCCUCCGUCAGGGGUUCAAGGUGGUACUGCCGGUUCACAAGGUGGUGCCGGCGAUGUUAAAAAGCUCGAGGCAACAUUAGAACUUGCAGCAACUCUUCUUAAACAGCUUCAACAAGGGAAGGGGCCUUAGGGAGAUAACAGUUUAUAACAUCCUUUUAUGUUAUGGUCUUAAAAAGGUUUAGUAGCAUGUUUGAACAGAAAAGAAAACACUUUCAUCCUUUAGUGUCCAUGGUUGGUUUUGAUUCUCUUAUGGUGCAGUUACACUUCCCAAACACCCUUCAAGUUUCUUCUUUGGCCAACGAGCAGAGUGGGUCCACACAUGUGGUUAACUCGAAAUUUUAAACGGAUCAAAAGCACAAGAAAAAUAGGAUCCAAACGAAACUGGUUUCGAGUUUUUCAGCAUUUUGAUACUUUAACCUGGCUAAAUCG